CCUCGGGCCGCGCCUCUCCGCGGGUAGGUCCAAGAGCUCCGCGGCCCGCACGCAUCCCAGGCCCACGCGGAAGAAGAUGUACCAGGCGACCCAGCCCAGCGCUCCCCGCACACCUGCUCGCAGCUCGAAACGUUGACCUUGAAGAUGGUGAGUAGCCAGCCAAAGUACGAUCUAAUACGGGAGGUAGGCCGAGGUAGUUACGGUGUUGUGUAUGAAGCAGUCAUCAGGAAGACGUCUGCACGGGUAGCAGUGAAGAAAAUUCGUUGUCAUGCACCUGAAAAUGUUGAACUAGCCCUUCGUGAGUUCUGGGCACUAAGCAGUAUUAAGAGCCAACAUCCAAAUGUGAUUCACUUGGAGGAAUGCAUCCUACAAAAAGAUGGGAUGGUGCAGAAGAUGUCCCAUGGUUCUAAUUCUUCCCUUUAUCUACAGCUUGUAGAGACUUCAUUAAAAGGAGAAAUUGCCUUUGAUCCCAGAAGCGCCUAUUACUUGUGGUUUGUGAUGGAUUUUUGUGACGGAGGAGAUAUGAAUGAGUAUCUGUUGUCUAGGAAACCCAAUCGUAAAACUAAUACCAGCUUCAUGCUUCAGCUGAGCAGUGCCCUGGCUUUCUUGCAUAAAAACCAGAUCAUCCAUCGAGAUCUCAAGCCUGAUAACAUCCUGAUUUCUCAAAGCAGGCUGGAUACCAGUGACUUGGAACCCACACUGAAAGUGGCCGAUUUUGGUUUAAGUAAAGUUUGUUCGGCCUCUGGGCAGAACCCAGAAGAACCUGUCAGUGUAAACAAGUGUUUCCUUUCCACAGCAUGUGGAACAGAUUUCUACAUGGCUCCUGAAGUAUGGGAGGGACAUUAUACAGCAAAAGCUGACAUCUUUGCUCUGGGGAUUAUCAUCUGGGCCAUGCUGGAAAGGAUCACAUUCAUAGACACAGAGACAAAGAAGGAACUCUUGGGGAGUUAUGUAAAACAAGGAACUGAGAUCGUGCCUGUAGGAGAGGCACUUCUGGAAAAUCCCAAAAUGGAACUUCUCAUUCCUGUGAAGAAAAAGUCAAUGAAUGGGCGAAUGAAACAACUGAUUAAGGAAAUGCUGGCUGCAAACCCUCAGGAUCGUCCAGAUGCUUUUGAACUAGAACUCAGAUUAGUGCAAAUUGCAUUUAAAGAUAGCAGCUGGGAAACGUGACCCACAUGUAAUUUGCAAAUAUCUUGGAUAAUGUGCUGCUUCUGUUUUAACAGUGAUGCAACAUUAUAUGGCUGAAAAAGAAUAUAAAAGGCUAAACUCCACCUUUAAGGGUUUAGAUUUAUUGUGGGGUGUUUUUUUUUUUUCCCUCAUUUUUCUUAAGUCCAGGAUGGCCAUUUAAUCAUUAGUAUGUUUUAAAUGUAUAUUACCAAUGUGGGUGUAAAUUUUUUUAAAUGAUCAUUGGUAGAAGUUUGGCAGGAAAAUUCUCUAAGAGCCAAGAAAAGAAGAGUGUCCAGUUUUCUUGAAAUAUGUCUCUAAGUAUUUUAGACAUUCCUUGUCAGUAUUAGGAAUUUCCACGGAAGAAGAGGUUUGCGUGCUGGUAAUGCAACCUUUGAAGCUUUGUAAAGGAAACAUAUAUGUAUAUAUUUAUGUAUAUGUAAGUAUGUGAAUGUGCAUUUUGCAUUCCAUAUGAAGAAAUGCCACUUCUGUUUAAAUUAUUUGAUGUAGGUUUGGGUUUUUGAGAUUUGCUGGUGAAAUCAGCGAUGGAAAAUAAAAGAACCUUCCCUCAUCUUCCUACCCUGUCCCUCCCUCUAAUGAAAUUGUACUAAGUUUUUUAUUUUUAUAAUAUUAUACAGCUUUUUUUAAAAACAAAACAAAACAUGAUUUUGGAGAGUCUAAAAUUAACUGAUUAAAUAUAAAUCAAAUUAAGUUAUCCAAAGCUGCUGAAGUAUGUUUGAGCUCUCCAGUGCCCUAUAGUUACUGCAAUUGAAUUAGUCGUGUAGUUACAGGUUGGCAAAGCCAUUAAUGAUUCAGUCAUACCUUCUUUAUGUAGCCAAACAUUCAGUUAAUCCACUGCACUGGGACAUGUCUGCACUUGAGCAUCUACAAUCUGAUAUAAAUCUGAACGCAAAAUUCUUCUGUUUCUGAAAACUUUGCUAUAUAUGAACUAUAAUACUUGAUAUUUUAAUUUUUGGCUUUAAGACUCUGUCCAAGCUUUAGCAUAAAGUUGAAAAAACAACAAAUGAGCUCUACCCUCACAUUGCCUGCCCUGAUAUGGUCUCUUGUUUUAUCACUGGAUUUCCUUUCAUUUUGGCACUGAUGCUGUUUUCUCUUGUCUAAUUUAAGACAGUGAUAGUAGUGAUCUGGUUGUCUUACAUGUUGAUCGCCUUUUUCUAAAGUGAGAGGUGAUACUUAUACAGAUUGACAAAUGGAUAAAAUACUGUGUCAUCAGUAUCUUUCAAAUAGAAAAAUUACCCGUUUUAUACAGUCAUGUAGUAUUAUUCCUCAAGUUGGCUUUAUUUUAACCCUGUAUGGUUGUCUCAAAUUUAUUUUCCUGUAAAUGAAGAUAGUUCAAAUCUAAGAAAAGAAUGCUUUCCUAAAACAGAACUUUAGCCUUUAAGGUUAGAUAGACUUUAAAGUCAUUGUAUCUAGGUUAAUCUUUAUAAAGCACUAGAAGCUAUGGCCAAAAGGCAAGCAAAAUGAUAGUUUUAGAUUAUUGAAAAAAUUGAUAGUUUACAUAGUCUCCUGAGCUUUUUUGAACUUUCACCACUUUUGAAAUAUUGCCAUUGUAUUUUUUUCCUCUUUUAAAAUGUGUUCAGAGGCCUAUUGACAGUAAAACAACACAAAAAAAAUUGCAGUACAUAAAAUUUCUGGUCUAUGUGUUACUUGGUCCAGAAGUUUACAAUUUGAACUGACAGGAUAUAUUGAAAUAAAGCCUCCUAAGUUUUUAAAAAAAUCACAUACUUUUAACAUUGCUUUCAAGCUAAUAAAUACAAGAAUUCUUCUGGAAAUUAGAAGUGGAAAUACAAUGGAACCUCAUAAUAAUGUGACCUUCUGAAUCACCAAAUUAGUGAAAUACAGAUAGGUCCAGGGGGAUUUAGUUACUGUAAGUAAGAAAAAGCGUCAUAAGAAUGGGGCACUUCGGCAGCAAUUCAUAGGUGAUGGUAUGCCAGUACUUCUUUUGUUCUUCAAAUAUCUAUGUGCUUGGAGCCAUGGCUUCCUAAGUAUCCUGCCUCAUUUAAAAUACUUAAUUAUCAUUUAUUUUGAAAGAUUUUACCUGUAAAGUGAAAUUCCUUUGUUAGGGAGGGAAGGAUGUGAGGUGAUCAAGAAGUCUCUUCUGGAAUUUUCUCAAGUCCUUAUUGUUUAAAAUAGCCUAUAAUACUAAGCAAAAUGAUAGUAAAUUCUUUGUCUUUCUUUGUUCUUUCAGUCAGAAAAUAUUAAGUACCUACUGUGUGCUCAGCACUAAAUGUCAGUUGCUAAAAUGACAUUUAGCCACAGGCCUUCUCCAGCCAGAAGAGGAAGAUGAUAGGUGAUAAUUGGAAAUUCCUGAAUAAUUGCUAGGGGAAAAAUGAAGCAAGAAUUGGUAUACAGUGCCUUGCCCAUAAUAGGUACUCAAUAAACAAUUAUUCCUCAUAGUAGAGUCUCUUGCCAUGGGUAACAGCGUUUUAUGAAAUUUGUCUUAAUUAAUAAAAGACCAAAUAUUUUAAAUGAGCUUAUAGGCAGCUGUGGCCAGUUAAAAUAUGGGGUUGUACAGUUAGUUCCUAGAAUGUUAUUUUGCACUAGUUGUCACUUAGAAAGAGGGGUUCCUGUAGAUUUUUGGUGCUAAGGCAUACUUUGUCACUAUGAUAAAGUAAGUGUUAAGUGUCAGAUAAAUAGCACACUGAAUAGUUCUUUCUGCUGGACUGUUUUUUCUCUUUGUUGUUCUUGUUGUUUUUAACUGUAAAAUAUUUUACCAAUCAAACUAUUGUAGCAGCUACAAAAUAAUUCACCAGCAUGACAAAAUAGUCAAAAAAGUAAGUCAUCAGCACUUCAGAAAUGAAAGCAACUUUUGAAAUUUUCUUUUAAAAUUGUCAAAUAUAUUUUAUGAAGAAUUUAUAAAAGGGGGGAAAUGAUUGUAAUUUAUUGUUCAUGACAGUUGUUUUUUGUUUUGUUUUUUUUUUAAAUAAAGUGAGUUUCAACAACAACAAAAAUUCCUGAAAAUUCUACAUUGCUGCUUUGGUGGCUCUGUGAGUAGUUCUGUGGUGCUUUAGUUUGUGAAUAUAAAAUAGGGGGUAUAAAAUUUGAAACUGAAUUUUUUGCCCUAUUUAUUCAAUGAUAAUUUCUUUCUAAAAUAGAAUUUCAAAAUCUUUGCC